AUGCUAAAGAAAUAUUUGACAUGUUAUAUUACGUUGCAAUUAUUAUUUGUGAUAAAUUCGAUAAAUUCACAAUUCAUUCCAACAAAACGGUAUGAACAUUCUGCGACGUUUAUCGAUAAUAAACUUUAUAUCAUGGGUGGUUUAACCCUAUCAACCAAAGUAUCAGCAAAUACGAUUGGAAAAGAGUUUUUUUAUCUCGACUUUUCUGCUUCAUUUGAUAAUCAAGAAUUAACAUGGAAAGAUUUAACAAACAUUAAUAAAGUUCCAUCGCAUUUUGAUGGCAUAACAGCUAAUGGUGGUUUAAAAAAAAAUACUUUGUUUUUAUACGGAGGAACGUCAAAUGGUGAUAAUAUGGAAUUGGUAUACACUUUUGAUACCCAAAUGAAUUCAUGGAACGUUCCCGCAAUUACGGGAAAUGUUAUUAGAAAAACAAAUUUAUGUGCUAGUGUCGAUGCUUUAGGAAAAAUAUAUUAUUUUGGUGGAUUCUCUUUUACAGAUAGUAGCGAUGUACUUGAUUUUGUCAUUUUAGAUACGAUAAAUUUUAGUUGGGGAAGAGGAAGUAUCAAAAAUGCGAUCGCUAGAGAGGAUUAUGGUUCUACCAUUUUACCAAAUCAAAAUAUUAUUUAUUUAGGUGGAAUUUUUAAUAGUACACUUAUUUCGCUGAAAGAUGUUCAUUUAUACGAUACUGUUAAUGAUAUUUGGACAACAAAAACGACUUCAGGAUUAGUCCCUUCUGAUAGAAAUAGUUUUUCAGCCGUCCCUGGACUGGACGGUCAACGUGUAAUAAUUUUUGGUGGUUUAAAUGUUAAAGAAAAUACCGAGUCACUUUAUGUGUUGGAUUUAACCAAUUUUGUAUGGUCCAUUCCAACUGUUACUGGAAAAAGGCCUACUAAUCGACAUGGUCAUAGAGCAAAUGUAAUCGGAAAAUACAUGGUUAUAUCUUUUGGAAAUGAUUAUAAUCCUGAAUUUGAAAGUGAUAUUCUACUACUUGAUAUUAGUAAUAAUGAUGAAUAUAAAUGGACAAACUUUUUUCAAAAUUCAAAUGACACGUCUCCUUCACCGAUACAAACAAUUAUACCAGCUCCGCAAAAACAAUCUGAUAAUAAAAUUGCUAUAAUUGGUGCAAUUUCUGGAUCUUUAGCUGCUAUUUGUUUAUUAUCAGUUGGUGCAUUCUUUUUAUAUAAAUGGAAACGCAAUCAAGAUCAAGGUAAAGUAAUACCAACUCCCGGAGAUGAUAAUUAUAAUGGACAAAUAUUGUUGAUUCCUUCCGAUAGAAACAUUUAA